UAAUUGAUUUUAAAUAGUCAGCGAAAACAGUAAAGCAACAAACAGUGGAAUUAAGGCUGAGCUUCCAGACUUUAGCCUGGAUGGAGUCCUCCAUUAGGGGUCAGCACGGUCCCGCUGGCCGAGUUCAACAACUCGAAGGGCGGAGACUCCCAGCUGCGACGAUGAGCAAAAAGUGAGGACGAUCAAGUUUGGAAAUGUUGAGAAUCUUCUCGUCUUCGACGCCUUGUAUUACCAACGUGUAGACCGCCGAAGACCGCUGAGGCCCACGUCGAGUCCACGCAGCGGUUCGCCUGCUGCCGGCAUGGCCACAGCACAAAGACCGACGAGCGGAUCAAACAAUGGCAACCUGCCGCUGACGUGCACGACUCGUCGCGAUGAGGUGGUGUCACCCGUGGAGCAACCGAACCCGAACCAAUCGUGAGAGUUUUGAUGGUUGAGUGAGAGGAACUCUUCGAGUCCGAAUAGAGAGCUACACGUCUGUGCUUGCGUGAGGAGGAGGAUUGCACUGUCAACAGCCGAGCGUCGCCAUGUGCAGCCGGGCUACGCGCUGGUGGAGUGCCGCUGCGUGCUUCUGGAUGCUAACACUCCUACACACCUCCACAGGUGCAAAUGUGUGUAUGAUUGGCAGCGCUACUUCCUGUGAAGAAUGUCUCCUCAUCCACCCCAGUUGUGCCUGGUGUACACAAGAGGACUUUGGGAGGGGGCACACCCUGACUUCCCGCUGCGACUUAUUCCACAAUUUGCACAAGCGAGGCUGCGAGAGCCGCUUCAUGGAAUACCCGACUAACAGCAUGACGGUCCAGCAGAACAUGCCUCUGAGCUCUAAAGGGUCCGGCUACACGCAGUAUGACGUGGUCCAGAUGAGUCCUCAGAGGAUCUCCAUCAGCUUGCGACCAGGACAGCAGACGUGGUUUGACCUGCAGGUGCGCCAGGUGGAGGAUUACCCGGUCGACCUCUACUACCUGAUGGACCUAUCCCUUUCCAUGAAGGACGACCUGGACACCAUCCGUAAUCUGGGCACCAAGCUGGCCAAGGAGAUGGGCCAGCUCACCAGCAACUUCAGGAUGGGCUUUGGCUCCUUCGUGGACAAGAACCUGUCACCCUUCUCCUACACGGCACCCAAGUAUCAGGAGAACCCGUGCAAUGGGUACAAGCGGUUCCCCACCUGUGUGCCCACCUUCGGCUUCCGCCACAUCCUGUCACUGACGGACCAGGUGGAUCGCUUCAAUGAGGAGGUGCAGAAGCAGAUGGUCUCUCGCAAUCGGGACGCCCCCGAAGGGGGGUUCGACGCCAUCCUGCAGGCAGCGGUUUGUAAGGAUGAGAUCGGCUGGAGGAAGGAGGCCUACCAUCUACUGGUGUUCGCCACCGACGACGUGCCCCACCUGGCUCUGGAUGGGCGGCUGGCCGGCGUGGUGCAACCGCACGACGGCCGCUGUCACCUGGAUGACCAGAACCAGUACAGCGCCUCCACUCACAUGGAUUAUCCCUCUCUGGCGCUGCUGGGUGAGAAACUGGCGGAAAACAACAUUUUCCUCAUCUUUGCCGUCACAAAGCGCUUGUACAUCAUUUAUAAGAACUUCACGGCACUCAUACCUGGUACCACUGUGGAGAUCCUGGACCAGGACUCCAAGAACGUCAUCCAGCUCAUCAUCACCGCCUACCACAACAUCCGUUCCAAAGUGGAGCUGACGGUGUGGGACCAACCUGAAGACCUCAGCCUGUCCUUCAGCGCCACCUGCCAGGAUGGACAGGCACUGCCCGGCCUCAGGAAGUGUGCUGACUUAAAAAUAGGCGACACGGUGUCAUUUAACGUGAGCGUGGAGGCAAGGGGCUGUCCUCCUGGCGGCACCGACCACACUUUCACCAUCAAGCCGGUGGGCUUCAAAGACCACCUGCGGGUUGCCGUCGACUACCAGUGCGACUGCGGCUGCACCCGGGCGGCCCAAACUAACAGCAGCAUCUGCAGCUCCAUUGGUACGUACAAGUGCGGGAGCUGCCAGUGCGAGCCGGGCCACCUGGGCGCCCGCUGCGAGUGCCAGGAGGGCGAGGUCAGCAGCGGGUACCUGGCCGCCUGCCGCGAGGCCGAGGGCAAGCAGGUGUGCAGCGGGCGCGGCGAGUGCAGCUGCAACCAGUGCCUGUGCUACGAGUCAGAGUUCGGCAAGAUCUACGGCAGCUUCUGCCAGUGCGACGACUUCUCGUGUGCCCGGCACAAAGGUGUCCUCUGCUCAGGCCAUGGUGAGUGUCACUGCGGCGAGUGCAAGUGCCACGCCGGCUACGUGGGCGACAACUGCAACUGCUCCACGGACACGGCGCCGUGCGUGGCCGACGACGGGCAGAUGUGCAGCGGGCGGGGUCACUGCGUGUGCGGACGCUGCCAGUGCACGCAGCCCGGCGCCUUCGGGGACACGUGCCAAAAGUGUCCCACCUGCCCUGACGCCUGUGAUGCCAAAAGGGAAUGCAUUGAGUGUCGUCUUUUCAAGUCAGAAGCACUGUCUUCCAAUCGGACUUGCCAGCGUCUUUGCAAGGAUGAAAUCGUCACCGUGGAGACUCUCAAAACGGACGAGGCGGGCGCUGUGCUGUGCCUCUACAAGACGGACGACGACUGUGUGAUGAAGUUCACGUACUCUGAGCACGCCAGCGGCCUGUCUGUUCUCACCGCGCUCACCGAACCAGAGUGUGGCGGCGGUCCCGACGCUCUGAUGGUUCUGCUGGCGGUGGUGGGCAGCAUCCUGCUGGUGGGCGUGGUCCUGCUGGCCGUCUGGAAGGCGGUCAUCACUGUGCACGACCGGCGGGAGUUUGCGCGCUUCCAGAGCGCUCGCUCGCGCGCGCGAUACGAAAUGGCCUCCAACCCGCUGUACAAGCAGCCCGUCUCAUCCAGCUUUCUGGAGACGGACUUUGACGCGUAUGGCGUACGGCCCUACAACGGCGGCGGAAUGUGCAACACAAGCGUACGCUGAAGGACUGCUGAAAGUUAGCCGCGAGCUAAGCUAGCACACGUGUAUAUUUUCCUAUUUUUACACACAAAAAACAUUCUUCACAGAUUAGAUAUUUGCAAUAUUUCUACACUUCUUCUCAUGCUUUUUCCUGGAAAUGACUUUCUUCAGCUUUCUGAUUGACAACAAUGACCUUCAUCAGGGCUGUCCGCACCUUUUCUUGCAGAGGAUUGGAGAGUUUUUGUACGUGAAAAGAUGCCCACAUUAAUCUCAGCUCUAAUCCUUAGCAGGGGCGUCACAUGAUCCCACCACAUUAAAACCUGACCAGAUUUCUCCUUCAGGAUAAAAGGCCUGGGACGAUGGCCAAUGAAUAAUCAAUCACACAAUGAAUGAAAAUGACGAGCAUGAUGGAUAUAUUGCCAAGUGCGUGUGUGUCAGGCAGGAAGAGAGUCAGCCCUUUAUGGGUCACUCAUACGCUCUUUGUCCGAUGGGUGGAGGCGGGGCCGCAGACUGGACUAGACUAGACUAUUGCAGUGUAGACUGCAAUAUAUCGUCAUAUUUUUCAUUGUACUUUUCUUAAAAGACCCAAUCUCAUGUAUCGGCUCGUCCUGUGACACCACCAGUGAUACAGUAAAUCAUUUUAUUUUGACAAGAAGGGAAGGGGACGCCACAGAGAGGUUUUCAUGAGAUUUUGGCCGGGAUGAGUGCGUGUGCAGGGAGAUGUUUGUGCGCCCACUUUCCACCAAGCAUGACAGCUAAGUCUUCCUCCACUCGCUGACUUCUUAUUACACUUUUUCAUGGAUUGAACCUGGUUGCUUGUGACUUGGGAACAUCACUCAGACACCCAGUACGUCAUUUCAUGCAUUUCAUGCAGGUGCUUCUUUCACUUACAGCAUGCGUGUUUGUUACCACACUAAGUUGAAGUGAAAGAUAACACAAGGUGCCGGUCAAGGACACCCAAAGCCCAGCCAGCAUGUUUGUGUGAUGCUACACAGCAACAACACAAUAAAAGAGGUUGUUUGAGUUGAAA